CUCUCUCUCUCGGGCUGGCGCAUUGUAAAGCAUUAUAAAUGCUCGACUAGAGAACAGCACGUGAAUUUGAGUCUUGUGGUACCGGAGUCGCAGAGGCAUACGGAUACAUAUAACACGAGGGUCUUGGAGUCUUCUGACAUCCUUGGAACUAGAGUUUAUCUGCAAAACGGCGGCUGAUACAAAAUGAAGGUCGCUGCACUCUUUUUCCUGGGUUGCCUGGUUUGGGGAGGAAAGGCAAAGCCAGAAUUUCCAGAACAAGAAAAGGACCCUGAUUUCUGGAAGGAGUGGGCUCAACGCACACUAAAAAAUGCUUUGAACCUCCAAGACCUCAACAAGAACGUUGCCAAGAACAUGAUUCUUUUUCUUGGCGAUGGCAUGGGUGUACCCACGGUCACAGCAGCACGCAUUCUGAAGGGUCAACUGAGUGGACAGACUGGCGAGGAAACUCAGCUAGAGAUGGACAAAUUUCCCUACGUUGCUCUCUCAAAGACAUACAACACCAACGCUCAGGUGCCAGACAGCGCGGGCACUGCCACAGCGUAUCUGUGCGGGGUGAAGGCCAACGAAGGUACUGUUGGAGUGAGCGCAGCAGCUGUGAAAUCCCAGUGCAACACCACUCGGGGGAACGAGGUCACCUCCAUUCUUAAAUGGGCCAAAGACGCAGGUAAAUCGGUGGGAAUCGUCACAACAACGCGAGUGAACCAUGCCACUCCGAGUGCGGCGUAUGCACACUGUGUAGACCGGGACUGGUAUUCAGACGGAGACAUGCCUGCCGAUGCACUGCAGAGCGGAUGCAAGGACAUCGCCAGGCAACUCUUCGAAAACAUCCCUGACAUUGAUGUGAUUAUGGGGGGUGGGCGGAGAAAUAUGUUCCCCAGAAACACGCCAGAUGUGGAAUACCCAGGAGACAAGAAACACAACGGUACACGCAAAGACGGCAGGAACCUUGUGGGGGAGUGGAUUGACAGAAUGAAGGAUAAGAGAGGUUACUAUGUUUGGAACAGAAAGGACCUCCUUUCUCUGAAUCCGAACAAUGUGGAUUAUCUUUUGGGUCUGUUUGAGCCGGCAGACUUGCCCUAUGAGCUUGAGAGAAACAAAGAAACGGACCCUUCCCUCACUGAGAUGGUAGACGUGGCCAUAAAGAUCCUCCGAAGAAAUGACCGUGGAUUCUACUUGCUGGUGGAAGGUGGCCGCAUUGAUCACGGACACCAUGAGGGAAAAGCCAAGCAGGCCUUGCAUGAGGCCGUGGAAAUGGACCGGGCCAUUACCCGAGCCGCUCUCCACACCAGCGUUUAUGACACACUGACAGUCGUCACGGCUGAUCACUCUCAUGUCUUCAGCUUUGGAGGCUACACACAUCGGGGGAACUCAAUCUUUGGUUUGGCCCCCAUAAUGAGUGAUAUUGACCAGAAGCCCUUCACAUCCAUCCUCUAUGGAAAUGGCCCAGGGUUCAAGAUGGUUAACGGUGUUAGAGAAAAUGUCUCAACUGUGGACUACAAGCAAAACAACUAUCAGGCGCAGUCUGCUGUUCCCUUGAGCAUGGAGACUCAUGGCGGGGAAGACGUGGCGAUAUUCUCCAAAGGUCCCAUGGCUCAUCUUCUUCAUGGAGUCCAGGAGCAGCAUUACAUUCCCCAUGUCAUGGCCUACGCAGCUUGCAUCGGCCAAAACAAAGACCACUGCCGUACAAGUUCCGGCUCCCCUUCUCUCGGUCACAUCACCCCUACGCUGGCCCUACUUCUCUCAGUUAAAUGGCUCCUCUGCUGACCCCUCUUCUCUGGAUCCUCUCAUAUCUUACCGUGAUUAGAUCAGAAACUAUACUAACUGGUUCUCUCAAGUGGAAUUUAUCUUUUUUUUUUUAUAACAUGUGAUUAGUUUUUAAAGCAUUUAUCAACAUCGGGACCAAUGUGUGGGCAUUAUGGAGAGCUUGAGGCCAGUUUGAGGAGAUUUUGUCGCAAUAAUGAAAAUAAAUUUAAAAAAAGAUUCUUGCUGGAGUACUGAUAGCAGAAUUGCUAUGAUUCAGUACAGCGGCACCAGUGUCAGUGGGAUAUUGUCAUUCUACAAAUAAGAAUAAUAAUAAUAAUAAACAACAGAAAAAAUAAGAAAAACAGAAAAUACUUCCAAAGGAUGCCAAAUGUUCACACUUCCUGUGUCAUAAGGCAACUCUCAAAUUGACGGUCUGUCUGGAACAGAGAAUGCAAAUCAGAGAUACCGAACCAAUUGUUGUAUAACAAGCUCGCACUACAACAUUUUAGCUCUGAGAUUUUUUGAGGUCCGUGAAGUCACGUGAGCAUUUUCACUCAUCUCUUAAGAUAUCUGCUGUGCAUCUGUAAAAAGAUACUGCACUGCCGUUCAAAAUGUCGGGAUCAUUACGUUUUAAGAAAUUGCGCAUUUUAUUUAGACACAUUAAAUUGAUCAAUUAUUAUUUAAUAAAGUGACAGUAACUUUGUGUUUACUUUUUUGUUGACUUCCUGUUCAUUAAAGAAUCCUGAACAUAAGAUCACGGUUUUAAACACACAUAUUAA